UUCAAACAAAGGAAGUUUAUACUUUUCAAAAAUGCUGAACAGGAUUCUCUUUGCUUGCCUGUUUCUCGCUCUGUCCACUGAAGGCUCCCCGCUAAGCUGCAGAUGGAUGGAUCAUAAAUUCAGACAGCACAACGAAGAAACUCUGAAUCUACUUGAUACCAUGGCUAAAAACUCCACUAACACCACUGAAGUGGAGGUCACCGUGGCCUUCCCUAAUCACCUGUACCGCCAGGUGUCCAAAUCAUCAGCUGAGGAUAAACUGGUUUUCACAGUUCAGGUUCUGGAGGAGGUGGCUGUCCUGUUUGAGGAGGAUCACAGCUCUGCAUCAUGGGAGCACAGCACAGUGAGGAACUUUCUCAAUAUUGUCAACAAACAGGCUGAAGAGCUUCACUCCUGUAUUGGGAGCCACGGUCACAAGAAGAAAACCACAAAGCUGCACAUGUAUUUUAAGAGACUCUCACAUCAUAUCCUAAAGGAAAUGGGUCACAGUGCUGAAGCCUGGGAGGUGAUCAGGAAGGAAACCAAAGCCCAUCUAAUGAGAGCAGAACAGCUGGCUUCAUCUCUGCACACUGCCCACUAAAACCUGUCUGUUGUCAUGUCUGUGAUGACGGCUGUGUUCAUUUAAUUGCUUGUCUAUUUAUUUAAUUUAUUUAAUGUCUUU